AUGGUGAGAGACAAGGCGAGUCUCUAUAUUCUCCUGUUCUCAAUCUUCCUCCUUUCCAAGGGUUCCUUUGGAUCUGAAUCAAGAAGUAAGGAAGCUUACGUCACACUCUUAUACGGUGAUGAGUUCUUAUUAGGAGUUAGAGUAUUAGGCAAAUCGAUUCGUGACACUGGAUCCGACAAAGAUAUGGUCGCUUUGGUCUCUGAUGGUGUCUCAGAUUACUCUAAGAAGCUACUCAAGGCUGAUGGAUGGAAAGUGGAGAAGAUCAGUUUGUUAGCAAAUCCGAACCAAGUUCAUCCGACAAGGUUCUGGGGUGUUUAUACAAAGCUCAAGAUCUUUAACAUGACAGAUUACAAGAAAGUUGUGUAUCUUGAUGCUGAUACUAUUGUGGUAAAGAACAUUGAUGAUCUGUUCAAGUGCUCCAAGUUUUGCGCAAACUUGAAGCAUUCAGAGAGGUUGAACUCUGGUGUCAUGGUUGUUGAACCAUCCGAAGCUCUUUUUAAUGAUAUGAUGAGGAAAGUGAAGACUUUGUCUUCUUAUACUGGAGGAGAUCAGGGGUUCUUGAAUUCUUACUAUCCAGAUUUUCAAAAUGCUCGUGUUUUCGAUCCUAGUUUAAGCCCUGAAGAGCUGAAAACUAGACCAGUUCCUGAUAUGGAGAGGCUUUCAACGUUAUAUAAUGCUGAUGUUGGUCUCUAUAUGCUUGCUAAUAAGUGGAUGGUUGAUGACAGUAAACUUCAUGUUAUUCACUACACUCUAGGCCCUCUCAAGCCUUGGGACUGGUGGACAGCGUGGCUUGUGAAGCCUGUUGAGGCCUGGCAUAGCAUUAGAGUAAAUCUUGAGGAAACUCUUCCUGGAACUGGAGGUGGCAAAAACCAAAACGAUGAACUAGCUGUCAAGUUCCUUUUCUUGUUACCUCUUUGUGCGCUUUUGUUCUGCAUUUACCGAUCCAUUCAGGUCCAUGAGGGUUCAUUGUUCAAUCAGAUUAGAUAUCUUUAUUACAAAAUUAGAUCUAAUGGAACUCUUGGUUAUAACGGUGUUUCUUCAUUAUCCACCAUGAAUCCUAGCUAUCAAUCCAAGGUUCCUCAACACUUAGGCGCGGUUUCAGUUGUAGUCUGUUUCACCGCUCUUCUGAUAUCCGUUGGAGUUUCCUUUCUGAUUGUGCCAAGGCAAAUCAUGCCAUGGACUGGCUUGAUCUUGGUAUACGAAUGGGCUUUUACAAUCUUCUUUCUUUUGUUUGGUUGCUUCUUGCUUUUGGUGCAUCAACAUGGAAAGAAAAUGGCAGUUUAUACAGAUUCAUCGUCCUUGGAUGAUUCAGGAAAAGGUCAUCAGAGAGGAGGCGUGUCUUGUGACGUUACUACAUUGUAUUAUGGAUGUGGGAUGGUGUUUCUGGCUAUUGCUGCAGUUUCUUUGCCUUAUAUAUUAGGCAUCACUGCUUUAUUUGUGAGGUUGGGUUUAAUGGUGGGUGUAGCCAUAGUUUUAGCUGCCUUCAUGACUUAUGCUUCAGAGCACCUCGCCAUCAGAUGGUUCUUGAAAGGUUUAGAAGACCGUCGUGAAACAUCGAGAUCAAGAUUAUUAUUCAUACUGAAUAGCUCACUUAUGAAAGAUUUACAGAUACUUCUUUCCAAGUGUUUUACUAAAGUUGUCUCCAAACGAGUUUAUCAGUUCCAAGAAGUAGGGGAGCAGAAGAAGAACAAGUGUCGCAUCUUCAACGAUGUAAGAGUGACACUAAUCCCCACCUCUUAG